UAACUACCUUAUUAUCUGCCAUUUUUGCGCAUCACAUUUUCAUCAAUCUUUAAGAUGCUUUCUCUUCGUACAUUCGCACGUUCCGUGCCUCGCACACUCUCGCGGUCCAUCGCUACCACCUCCCGGUCGUCCUUCCUGUCGGUCCCCAAGAAUGGCUUUCUGCAAGCUUCGUUGAAGCAGGCUACAAGACCCUCCUACGCUGCUUUCUCUACCUCCAGUGUUUUCAGACAAUCUCCUGCCGAAGGUGACAUCGAACUUGUUGCUAAGCUUGAGGAUGAAUUGAAACAUGAGCAGGCCUCCGGCCUUGAGGAUCUUGAGACCUCGGUCCAGAACAUCCAGUAUGUUCUCCAGAACAACUCCUGGGAAGUUAAGGAUGUUCCUGGUGAACAAGAAAUUGUGUUGACCAAGAAGUUCGGCAAGGAGGAGAUCCGACUCACCUUCACCGUCGCCGACCUUCAGAACCUGAGCGAACAGGAGGAUUUCGAUGACAGCGCUUUCGCCGAUGAGAUGGACUUCCAGGGCCACCAGCCCGCUAACCAGGGUCGCGGUGCCCCGGUGCUUUUUCCUGCUCGUGUCAACAUCACCAUCGAAAAGCCCGGCAACGGUUCUCUCCUAAUCCAGACCGUUGCCCAGGAUGGUCUCUUCCAGAUCGAGGAGGUGUCUUACUUCUCCAAGCCCGACCUCGCCCACGCCCAAACCGCCGAGCAGGACUGGGCCAGGCAGAGCCUCUACGCUGGUCCUCCUUUCGAGAACCUUGACGAGGACCUGCAGACCUUCCUGGAGCGCUACCUCGAGGAGAGAGGCAUCAACGCCGAGCUCGCCAACAUGAUUCCCGACUACAUUCAGGUCAAGGAGCAGAAGGAAUACGUUCGCUGGCUCGAGAACGUCAAGAAAUUUGUCGCCGCUUAAAUACCGAAAUCUCCGUGGCGAAAAAGCGCUCUGAAGUCCUUACUAGGUCUUCGCGUAUAUUGUAUCAAAACCCAUUGGGAGAUCAUGACUACUUAUCCGCUAUUCCCCCAUUUGUGUAUCAUUAGAAACGAAUUCAGGAUCAUAUGUUGCACGUAGUUUACAUCUAAUUGAAAACCUUAAACCAUU